AAAUUGGAAAAUAUAUCUAUCGAGGGAGAUGAAAACGAUCCUUGGCGGCCAGGGCCAGAAACCAUUCAUACAAUUCGUGGUUUUUUCUUCUUCUUUAUAAGCAUACAAUUUGUGGUUCUGUUUAUUCCCCGUUUCAUUCAUAUUUCUCUAUUUUCUUUCCCAUCCAACUUUACAUUUUUUCCUUAUUUCAGCUCAAGCCUAUGCUUACCAUCAAACAGGGAGCAAUAUCAUAUUAUAUCAUGGUUCAAACAUGUUAACGAUUUAUGCUCCAAGAGCUAUUCUAAACUUCCAUCUAUACCAAGACUCAUCUUCAACGCAACAAACAUAUUAUUCAUACAAGAUCAAUAAUGUUAAUUUCAUAAAUUUCCAUCCUGCUUUUCCUAAACUUUAUGGAAGUCCUUGUAGUAACAUAUUUCUUAGUUCAUCCUUCUCUUGGAAUUGUGAAAAGCGACACAAAUGCCUGCAGUGUGGAUCACAUGACUCAAUGUCAUCUAAUGACGAGUACCGUUCCUCACGCAACAUAGCCAUCACCUUGUUCAGGAGAUAUAGGAAUUUCACUGAUCGUGGUGGAGGUGACAAUCUAAAAGAUUUCAUCACUGCUGGGGUGAAUGCAUAUGAACUUGGGUGUACUGAUGAAGGAUUAAGGAAAGAGCUUACUGACAUGAAGGACUCUGGCUUUGAAAUUGAAGCAAUGCAAAGUUACGGUGGGAGCACAAGCUUGAAAUCUAAAAUCAUAUCCAAUGAGAUUGAUGAGUGCAUUCUGUGGUUAAGCAUCAUAUUCAUCACCAUCUUGUGUACACCCCCACCAACUAUUGUUAGAUGGUCAUCAACAACUCCUGUGUCAGAUGAAGUGAGACUUCAGUGGAAAGGAUUUUGUGCUCUCAUAGCAAAUGCAUAUUUUAUGAAGGGAAUGGCUUGGCUUCCUGUAAAGACUCUUCAAUUAGAGCAAACAGCAGUGAUGGGUGAAGCUGAGACACCGUCAAUUGUUGCUGGCCGAAUGCGAUUAGUCUUUAGCACACUUGAGGUAGUAAGUCCACAGUGGCCAAGAGUAUAGACAAUCAGAUCAGAUCAUGUUUACCUUUUCUCAACAAUCCAUGUAGAGGUCCCCAUGAACUUAACUCAUUGGUAAAGGAUAAUGCAUAAUUUAUGCAGGGAUCAGGAUUCGAACCCCAGACACCCCACUUAUUUGCCUUUAAAGUUUAGCCGCUAGGCUACUUGACAAAAAAAAAAAAACAAUCCAUGUAGAGCUGUGUUUCACAUUUGCUGGCUAGGAUAACAAUAAGUAUCAAAUGGGAUUAUUAUGAAGAAAAACUGAAAAAAUAAAUAGUCAAGUAUUUUUCCUAUUUUUUUCAUACAAAAGAAAAGAAACAUGUAUUUUAUGUAUAUCAAUGUUUUAGUUCAAUUUCGUACAAUUGUUUUUUUAAGAACAAUUUCAUAAUUUG